CAUGAAAUUAAUUAGCUUCUCUGAAAAAGGGGUGUAGUUCGCCCGCCCAGCUAUCUCGUUGCAUUCCUUAGCUGACUCAUCUGGUAUCGACGAGUGGGAGACGCCUCACAUAUAGCUGGAAUCCAGGGCGUGUCGCCUCAGUCGUCCCCUCGGCAGCAGACAGCAACCGCGUUCGAGACCUGUCUUCGGUAUUGUUACCAAACAAACAAAGAGCUAGCGACCGUCAUAGUAACUGACUAUUGAAUACUCGAGCAAGAUGGCCGAUGAUGCUGCAAUGGAUGUGGAAUCUCGGAUGCCACCUGAACCGACUGCAACUGAGGGUCCCUCAGCCAACGAGGGACCAUCCGAACCCCCAGUUUCGCCGGACCCCCCUCAGGAGAGGGGGACCUCGCCGCAGGAACCCCCGAAACCAAAAGAUAUCGAGAGGGCGGAGUCGGUUGAGGGUGAAGUGGGGAAGAACAGAGUUUUGGUGAAGGUCAUGUUGUUGGAUGGACUGCACUGCCUGCUCAACUGCACGAGAAAAGUAAAGGCUGAAUCUCUAAUAGAGUACAUCCACAGCCACAUCGACACCGAAGAAAAAGACUUCUUCUCACUUUACUUCUUCGUCAACAACCAAAAGAUUUUUCUUGAUCCUGAAAAGACAGUUGUUCAUCAACUUCCACCAAUUCUUCGCCAGACCCAGCCGUGGAUCAUCUACUACGGGGUGAAGUUCUACCACCCAGACCCUUCAAAACUGAAAGUUGAUCAGUCACGCUAUCUGUACACGCUACAACUGUGUAACGACAUUCGAAACAAUCGAAUUCUGGUUGACUAUGAGACGGCAAAGAGACUUACUGCUCUCAUGAUGCAAGCCACUCUGGGGGACUAUGAAGAAGAGGAUCACAAACCAGGUUAUACUGCAGACUUUGAAGACUUUCAUCUCAUCCCUAAAGACAGUCGAAAAAAUGACUACGAGGCUCAGAUAAUGCAGUACCAUAAGGCCAAGGCAGGCUACACUCCCGCUCAGGCGGAGGGAGAAUUCUGUGAAGUCGCCAGGGGGCUGCGUCGCUAUGGCUACCACAUGUUUGGCAUCCAGGACGACCAGAGCGACACGUACCUGGUUGCCAAUGGUUACCCGGGGAUCAAGAUAUUUCAGGAGAGCGAGGAGAUUCACCACUUCCAGUGGCCAAACAUUGUCAAAAUCUCGUACAAGAGGCGAAAGUUUCGGAUCAAGUUUCACCCUGUCGACUCUGAGGGAGAACCAAACAGAGAAGUGAUAGAGCAACUGAAGUACUAUUGUGGCAAGCAGCCGGCAGCCAAGAGGGUUUGGAAGAACGCUGUCGAACAGCAUACAUUCUUCAGACUCCACGUCCCGGACCCACCAAACCGGAUCAACCACCUGCUUCGCCGGGGGUCAAGGUUCAGAUACAGUGGUCGCACUCUACGACAGACCAUGGACGGCCAAGCCAGGAAGCAACAACACGAUUUCCAGAGGUCCCACAGUGCCAGGGUACAGAAGACGUCGUACGAGAACUACGCUCCCGGCUACGUCCCCGCCCGGGAAUCGUUCCGUCGUCAGGGCGGAGUCAGGGGCUCGGGUGCCGCCCGGAAACCGCAGAACCAGCCGCCGACCAGACAGAUAUUUGUGGAGAGAGAGGACCCAGAGUCCCAGAGGUGGGUACAGGUGGAUGCUCCGCCCACUAACCCAGAGGUCGAUGUCAGCAGGAUCGAACAGCAACGAGUCCAGGUCAACUUCAGCGUUCAGGACGGCUUGCCUCAGGACAGGUUCAAAGCCGUCCUGAGGAAGAGUGGAGGGAGUAUGGAGGUGCUCACCACUGAAGAUGACACCGCUGAGCCCAGCUACAAACUGUCAGCCAUUGACCAAGACUCCCAGGCCAUCAUGACCUCCGUCUCCCUGAGAGUUGACCCCGAGGAGGGGGAGGAGUCUGGUGGCCAUGGCAACGUCACCGUGGUGUUCGACAGCAACACUCUUCCUUCAGUCAACCUCAAUGCGGAUACCUCCACCAGUACCACGGUGAUAGAGUCCUCUGGAAGGACAGUCAGCAGUGGGGGAGUCACCCACUCCUACCAGUACACAUCCACCAGUGUUGAGUACACCUCUACCAGUGUUGAUAAAGAUGCGGCUCGAGAUUAUAGCCAAGAGGCCAUUCAGGUGGAACUGCUCAUGAAGAAAGAAGGAGAACUUCUUCAAGAAGUUCUCAAUGCCAGCACUGCUGAGGGAAACACUGAGGUUGAAGACUGAUGGAUAAAAGCUGCAGUGAUUGUAACGUGAUGACCCGUUUUUAAAAAAAUCUGAACAUGACACAGACACAUCUCACAUUAAAACUCGUUAUGUACAUAGCUUCUUCCAGUUUCAACAUUGCUAUGCUGUUGAUUAAGGCACAAUUUUUAUACCUUCAUUGUUUACAAGUGCUAGAUUAGAUUACAUCUUUGAAAUUGUAUAAUUAUACACGUUUACAAAAAAUAAUGUGGACUUUCUGUCAUUAAAAAAACAUAAAUCCAUCAGUGUUCCACAGAUGGGGGUAAUAAAUUUUUUUCAAUCUUUCGUGGCAAUUUUCCGAGUCCGAUGCUCCUCAGUGCACUAACAAGCUCUGCCCACGACGCAUUCGGUUCCUCGGCAAGCCAUCUUUGAAAAACAGUCUCCGCGAUUUGACAGGGAUUAUUUCGAUGCUCUAGCUCCAUGCUCUUGAUAACCGCACCCCAAUCGUCUCUUAGUAGACGGGUGCAAAGGUCUCGACAUUUUGCCCUAAUCCCCUCAACGAUGUUGGUAGUAUGUCCUGAUUGAGUUGGGAAUCUUUUAAGAAGUGGUAGUGUGGGUCUAUCCUGCUGACUUCUACACAGGUUAUCUUCAAUCUCUGUCGCCAGAGCGCCCAGCUCUAUCUCCCUCAGUGCUGUGACCAGAUCAACCCAGGUAUGCGGCUCCUUCUCCAGCCACCGCACCAGAACAGCCUCUGUGACUCGAUUCGGAUCGCAUCGGUGCUUCAAUUCGAGGUUAUUGGCAACCAU